CACACAAUGGAUUAUGAUCAGCUUCCUCUAUACAGAUAUUUUGCAACUCAAUUUGUUUAAAUGUAUUCCCAAGAAUUAAUUGUAAUUCCUAAGAAAGGCAAGGAAUCAUGUUUGAGAAAACAGUAUGUGCUGACUUUUUAGGAGCAAGCCAAUGGAAUAGGCAUGGACAUGUUCCCCUCAAUGUUAGAAGCAGGUCAAUUGCAAGCCCCAAUUAGUAAGAACAAUUUGAAAAAUAAAAUAAGACGUGUCCACUCCAAUAACAUCCUCACUCAUAUGCCCUUGGUCAGGCAGCCAUUUUAUACGAGGCAAGAAGCAUACAGGGUGCACUGCCAGUGACCGCCUGACACUUAAGGCUGGGCUACUGCAGUGCCAUGGGAAAUUUGCUGUGUACCACGAAGUUGACAAUGACACGUUAUGACGUUAGGGAAUUUCCAAGGACAUACCAACCAUAGGGGGUACGGCUGCAAAUAACGGUGCAAGUACACUUCUAGAAACCCAAAUGUUUCAUUUAUUUUAAAACGUCAUGAACCGACUACUUCAUAGCCUUUUUUUUAAAUCAUAAAACAAUCGAACCGUUUUCAAUAUCAUGUCUUGGCAUCAACUAGGUUGGCAAGAAUCACAAAAGAGAUUUAUGGGAUGAUCUCUGUCCAUUGGGGAAGUGGGAGGCACGUGUUUGACUCCCUCCCCCAACAGGGAUUCUGAAGGACAAAGCUGAGCACUGCAUUUCCACUGGCUCCGCAUCCAAGCACAUUAAAAUUGCGGCCAUUUCACCGGAUCUGUUGCAGUGUCUCAUAUGACCCUGAUGGAGGGUAAGACACUAACCAUGGCAUGUCACAUAAGAAAUGCUGCCAAAAGCCAUGUGGAAUGGAAGAAUCCUGACGGGCAUGUUAUGUUUUUCAAUCAUCAGAAGGCCCUGAAGGACAAGCGCUACAAGAUAAUCAACCUGUCUCAGUCCGAUUUUUCAAUCAGUGUGUCCGAUGUCACCUUUAAAGAUGGAGGCCUCUACACAUGUUUACAUUACAGUCACAAAGAGCCUGUAAUAAAAAAGGUUGAAGUGACUGUCUUGGGUAAGCCAAAAUUGGAGAUAACAGAACAUAAUGGAAAAACUGCUGUCAAAUGUUCUGCAAUGGCAAACAGCCAUCCUCCCAAAAUAUCAUGGAUGUUGGGGAGUGGGGUAGAAAUUGAUGCUCAGCAUCAACCCCAGUAUUUGAAAGUGAAAAACACAUAUUCUUCAAUGGAUACCUUGCUUCUUCGGUCCCACAAGAGGAAAGUCACAAUAAAAUGCAUUGUUCAUCAUCCAGCCUUAUACAAUUCAUCUCUGAUGAAUUUUGUGAAAAUCGGACCCAACCCCACUGAAGAAUCGCACUUCACCACAAAAGCCUCUCAUUGGACCAGUAAACAACUUCAAAAUAAGGUACUCACAACAACAGUCUCCCACUGGCCUAGUCCACAAGCGUCAAAAGCAACACCAACAGCUACAGUAAUAAAUUGGUCCAGUACAAGGGGAUCACCAGCAUCCACCCCUUACUCACAACUCAACACAGAAAAUUUGUCGUCAUUGUCUCAAACAAAGAACACACCUUAUAAUGACACAGGAAGCAACUCCACCAAUGCUAGAGAUUUGUCGUCAGUGUCCCAAACCACCAUGAACACACCUUAUAAUGACACAGGAAGCAACUCCACCAAUGCUAGAGAUUUGUCGUCAGUGUCCCAAACCACCAUGAACACACCUUAUAAUGACACAGGAAGCAACUCCAGCAAUGACACAGGAACUUUGUUGGAUGAGACAGAGAGGCAGCAAGGAAAUAAUCGAAGUACUCAGUUGUUUAUCUUCCUUGUGACGUGCCUCAUCCUUGGUCUUCUAAUAGUAGUAGCAUUCUUCGGGUUCAAGCUAAGAAGAGCUCACAUACUCUGGAAGAAAGAAAAUGAAGACUCAGAUCAAUCUGUGGAGAGCAGCAAAUCAAAAUCAAGCAAUGAAGAGAAGCAAUCCAGAGGGAGGAGGGCCAAUGGCCUCUUUCAGAUUGGAUUCACAAAAUAUGUUGUUGAAGAACCCAUGGCAACAGAGACAAAGACGCCAUCACUAACAAAAAUAACAGAAGAGGCUCCUGUAAUUCAAGUUGUCCCACAGACAAAUGGAGCAACCCAAAGUUCUCAGAUUAAGGAGACAGAACUGUGAAAUAUUUCAGUCUUGUAUGAGUGUGUGUGUGUGUUUAUAAAGAUAAUUCAAAAAGUAGUUAUGAUUUAGAAAUGACUAAGAUUUUGCAAACUGUAUAUUUUUUAUGGAAUAUUGUUUAAAUAAUGUGCAUACACAGGCUGAUA